GCGUAUCAAUGCUGACCUCCAUCCCUCCACUGGCACUGGCACAAUUGGAGCUGCCGGAGCUCACGCCCCUCCACCCUGCUAACUCCGGCUCGGUGACGCACGACAUUGCAACGAAACGUGACCGCUUUCGAUGCGGGCAUGAAGGACUUUAGCUCUCCCGGAGAGCAGAAUCGCUUCUUCCUUUCUUUAUCUGGCAAUCACGCCUGAUUUCCUCGCACAGCCACCAUGUCAUACGUCGCGCCGGUUCACAAGCCGACCAGCGUGCGCCAUGCACUUCGCAUCCGGUUCCUCGAUCCGGAGCACGAGGAUCUUGUUCUGGCCAAGGCGAAUCGGCUGGAAAUCUGGCGCUUGACCGACGAUGGGAUGGUCUGCCUGCACACCAAGCUUAUCUACGGGACCAUAUCGAUGCUUCAACGCCUUCAGCCCAAGGACGCGACUACCGACCUUCUAUUCAUCGGAACCGACAGGUUACAAUACUUCAACGUCGCAUGGAACCCUGCCACGAAGCAGCUCGACACUGUAGAGCAAACGAUCGAAGACGGUGCCGAGCAGUAUAUGCGCCAGUCUCAAAGCCAGAAUAAAUGCCUUGUCGAUCCCACAGGCAAGUUCAUGGCCAUGCAUCUGUGGGAGGGCGUUCUGAACGUGUUUCGGCUGCCGACGCGAAAGGGCGCCACAACAAAACUGGUCGCGCUUGACCAGGUUCGCCUCACGGAGCUGUGGAUGAAGGCCAGCACAUUUCUUCACAGCCGAACGGGCCAUCCUCGGAUAGCUUUCCUAUACAAGACGCAACUGGACCAGGAAGAGGCGCGCAUUGCCGUGUAUCGACUGACAAAAGAUGACAAGGGCGGAGAGGUGUCCAAGUUCGACCCGCACCGGGAACGGGAACUGGACCAGGUGAUCCAGGAUCCAUAUGCCUCCAUGUUGAUCCCCGUACCUGUGGUCGAGGAAAAGAGAUACCACGUACGGAACAACGACGGAGCUAGAGCACACCUGGGCGGCGUCCUGGUUGUGGGCGAAACGCUUCUGACCUAUUUCGACAGUCUCACCUACUCGAGCGUCUCUUCGCCCCUCAAGGAACCGAAGAUAUACGUUGCCUGGGCGGAGUACGACGGCAUGCGCUACCUUCUGGCUGACGACUAUGGUCGCAUGGACCUCCUGACGAUAGAAACGACGUUUGAAGCUACGGGCGUGGUCGUUACUGGCAUGAGCGUGGCCCCCAUGAAUUCCCCAGAUGGCACUGCACGUACCUCACGGGCCUCGACACUCGUCUAUAUGGGCGACAACAAUCUUUUUCUGGCAUCGCACCAUGGAGACUCACAGCUUCUGAAGGUAGACGUGGACAAUCGAACCAUGAUCCCCGUCAAAGCACUGUCGAACAACGCGCCCAUUCUUGACUUUGCUAUAAUGGACAUGGGAAACCGCGAAGGCGAUAGCCAGCUUGGCAACGCCUUCUCUUCAGGACAGGCAAGGAUUGUCGCCGGAUGCGGUGCGUACCGUGAUGGGAGCUUGCGCAGCAUCAGAAGUGGCGUCGGCCUGGAGGACGAAGGGAUACUGGAUGAGAUACCAGGCACGAGAGGCUUGUUUUCUUUAAAAUCGCACGGCUCUGCGUCGGUUAACACGCUGGUCAUAUCUUUUAUCUCAGAAUCACGUGUUCUCUGUUUCGAUCCUGACGGAGGCAUAGAAGAGGUGUUCUCGUUCCAAGGUUUGACAUUGGAUCAAGAGACGCUGCUGGUCACAAAUAUCCCCAGCGGGCAACUUCUACAAAUCACGCCGUUGUCGGUUACUCUGCUGGAUUCGGAAAGUGGGAUUGCGGUAUCAACAUGGGAUGUCCCGCAAGGGAAGACCAUUACUGCAGCGUCUGCAAAUGCCAAAUGGGCGUUGCUGGCCGUGGACGGCUCGACACUAGUCUCCCUGAAUAUCUCCGAAAAUCUGGCCGCCACGACGAAGGAAGCUUCCCACGACGCUAUAUCCGGCCACGCAGACCAGAUCUCAUGCUUACAUGCUGCAAGAGAUCCUGAAAACCUUGGGGUGGUGGGGUGGUGGUCGUCUGGCACCAUAUCUGUCGUGGAGUUGGCGACCCUGAAGCCUCUUCAGGGCGAAUCGCUUAGACAGACAGAAGACAGUGCUUCUGUUCCGAGGGACAUUGCCUUGGUUCAGUUACAUCCGCCUGGGACUGCGGGCCCUACCUUGUUGAUCGCCCUGGAGGACGGAAACGUGGUCACUUUCAAUGUGUCGACCGAAAGCUAUUCCUUGUCAGGGCGCAAAAGCGUAAUACUGGGGAGCAGCCCGGCGCGGCUGCAUAUUCUCCCCCAAGAUGAUGGUACAUACAGUGUUUUCGCAACGACGGAGCAUGCCAGCCUCAUCUACAGCGCUGAAGGCCGCGUCAUUUACUCGGCAACGACGGCCGACGAUGCGACAUUUGUGGCUCCAUUUGACUCAGCGGCGUUCCCCAAUUCGAUCAUUCUAUCAACAGACUACCACAUCCGACUAUGUCGCAUCGACAAAGAGCGUCUGACGCAUGUCAAAUCACUGCCGGUGCAGGAAACGGUCCGUCGGGUAGCAUAUUCACCAGGCUUGAGAGCUUUCGGCCUAGGUUGCAUAAAGAAGGAGCUAAUCCACAACGAGGAGAUCAUCACAAGUACCUUCAAGCUUGUCGACGAAAUCAUCUUUCAAGAAUUGGGCGACCCGUUCGUAUUAAACGCCUCCGCCUCGCUAGAAAUGGUUGAAUGCGUCAUUCGUGCAGAGUUGCCUGACAGCAGCGGCACUCCCGCGGAGCGAUUCAUUGUCGGCACAAGCUUCAUAACCGAUACCGAGAUUGCUGAAGACGGCGAUACCCGUGGCCGAAUCCUGAUCCUCGGUGUCGGGGACGAUCGGCAGGUGUAUCAGAUAGUGUCACACAACCUGAAGGGCGCUUGCCGUUGUUUGGGCGUCAUGGGCGACUACAUUGUCGCGGGACUAUCCAAAACAGUUGUCGUGUACAGCUACGACGAGGAGACCACAGCAUCUGGGUCGCUACAGAAGGUAGCCGCUUACAGGCCAGCGUCAUUUCCCGUGGAUCUGGACAUAUCCGGCAACAUGAUCGGCGUCGUGGACCUCAUGCAGUCCUUGGCUCUGGUCGAAUUUAUCCCCUCACAAGACGGCAGUCGGGCGAAGCUCGAAGAAAGGGCGAGGCACUACCAGGCCGCUUGGGCUACAUCAGUCUGUCAUCUGGAUGGCGAUAGAUGGCUGGAGGCGGAUGCACAGGGCAACAUUAUUGUCUUGAGGCGCAAUCAAGAGGCUCCGACUGAACAAGACCAGCGACGUCUAGAAAUCACGAGCGAGAUGAAUAUUGGGGAGCAGAUCAACCGAAUACGCAGGCUGCACGUCGCCUCGAGCGAAUCCGCCAUUGUAUCUCCGAAGGCGUUCCUCGGAUCGAUUGAUGGCACGCUGUACCUGUUUGGAGACAUAUCGCCUCAGUAUCAAGACCUACUUUUGACGUUUCAAAGCAAGCUCCAAGACUACAUCUAUGCUCCAGGUAACAUAAGCUUUGACCUGUGGCGGGCGUUCAGAAACCAAAGCCGAGAAGGAGAAGGCCCGUAUCGCUUUGUUGACGGAGAGAUGGUUGAGAGAUUUUUGGAUCUCGACGAAGGAAAGCAAGAGCUGGUCUGUGAAGGCCUGGGACCAAGCGCUGAAGAAAUGCGUAACAUGGUUGAGGAAUUGAGACGAAUGCACUAGUAGCCGGCAACCUCGGGUGGAAACCAGAACGGUGGCAAUCGGAGAGAGUUAUGUAGACAAUUGUAUCAUGACGAGUGAUCGGACCUAGACAAAAUGCUUUCCCUUACG